AAAUCUGGAGCCAAAGGAUAUAGGCAUGGAUGACCUGUGUGACGAAUGCGAUAGCUGUGUUCAAACCCUAACAGAUGACCUGGAAAGAAUGGAUCGAAAUCUUGCAGACUUAAAAUCACAGCUCCAAAAUGUUAAUGCAAGCGCUUUUGCCCAGGAAAGAAUGAAGAAAUUGGAAAAAAGUAUCAAGGAGACAAAGAACCUGUUAAACAGAUACCAUUCCAAUGUGGCGAGCCAGAGAUUGAAGGCUGACAAGUUAGAGUCUGCCACCAUUGAUCUUAUUCAAGAUAUAACCACACUGGGGGAAAAGGCUAACAAGAAUUCCAAAAAUACUCAGACUGUGUUAAACAAUAUUGAGCAGACAAACCAGCGAGCCCAAGACCUGGUGUCUGAAGUCCAAACUGUUUGGAAGAGAAUUCAAGAGCUGCUUGCACAGCUGAAAGGGGACAUGGGAGAGAAGCUGGCUGAGGCCAAGCGCAUGGUGAGGGAGAUGGAGCAACAUGACUUCAACUCACAGAAGCUGCGGGCAGAGAGAGAACGAGAGGAGGCUCAGAAAUUGCUGAACCGUGUGAAGAAUAACUUGGUGAAACAACUGAAGGAAAACCAGAGAAAGUCUGAAAAGGUCUCUGACUUGUUGAAACAGUACGAUACAAAGCUGAAUGACCUCCGGGAUGCACUGAAAGAAGCUUCUGGAGCCGUUGACAAAGCCAGUCAUUUAAACGAGGGAAAUCUCCUUGCAUUAUCAGAUACAAAGGCAAGGAUACAAGAAUUGAAGCAAGAGCAAGAAAAGGUUGAUGAUCAGGUUAAAUUGGCCAAAGUUCAACUUGACCAGACCAAUGACCUUCUCAGGAAGCUGGAUGAGAGCCGUGUGGAGUAUGAAAGGCUGGCAGUUCAGCUAGAUGGAGCAAAAUCAUUACUCAGUGAUGAAGUAAAGGCGCUUGCUCAAGUUGGAAGCAAAGAAGACAUUGUUUUGAAGGCAGAGGAGCAUGCACGGAACCUAGAUCGGCAGGCAAAGGAGUUGCGAGAGGCUGUGAAAAAUGCAAGCAGUAAUUCCGCUGUGCGCUUUGCAGUUGAUGGUAUUGAGGCUUAUAAGAAUAUCACUGAUGUAAUCAAAGCUGCUGAGGAUGCAGCUAACAGAGCCAAAGAGGCUGCUGAAAAUGCACUAAAUACCGUGCAACAAGAAGACUUGAAUAGCAAGGGCAAAAAGCUAAGAGACGCUGGUGACAAACUGUUGAACAAUGCAAAAAAUACUGAGGCAAAGUUAAAAGCGGUUACCCCCGAACUCAUGAAUUUAAACAAACGUUUUGGAGCAGCAAAAAACAAGAGGAAAACCCUGCAGAACGACCUGCAAUCAGCACAAGAUGAACUCGGCAAUAUUAUAAGAGAUGAUAUUUCAGACACUAUCAACCGUGCAAAGGAUAUGGCGGGCAGGGCCCAAGACAAAGCAGGGGAUGUUAUAAACAAGUUGAACCCAAUCAAAACUGAAGUGGACAAGAUUAAAUACAGUAAUGGGGUCGGUCCCACUGAUUCCAAUUUGAACAAGGUUUUAAAUGACGUUGAUCGAACAGUGAAAAACAUCAGCAGUGCCAUCCCAACACUCUUGGACAGGAUGGACAAGUUAGAGGAGAUGAGCCAGCAGCUAACCCCUAGCAGUAACAUCUCUGACAAUGUAGAGCGCAUCAAGGAACUGAUUAGACAAGCCAGGGAUGCUGCCAACAAGAUUGUUGUGCCGAUGAUUUUCAAUGGCAAUUCUCAUGUAGAGGUACAGCCUCCCCGUAACCUUGAAGACUUGAAGGCCUAUACUUCCCUGUCAAUGUACCUCCACAGACCGGCUUUAACCAGAGGAGACCGCCGCCAUCGCCAGGCAGACAGUGGAAAUAUGUUUGUGAUGUAUCUGGGCAAAAAAGAUGCUUCGACAGACUACAUAGGCAUGGCUCUGAGGGACAAUAGGCUUUUUUGUGUUUACAACUUGCGAGGUAAAGAGCAUAAGAUUCAGAUGGACUCCUCAGUCGCGAAAAGUAAUCAAAAGAAAUCUAUUCUGGACAAGGUCAAGUUUGAGAGGAUUUACCAGAAUGCAAAACUCCUUUACACGAAAGCAUCUACUUCUACCUCACCUGAAAACCAACCACCAAUAACCGCAGACGGGGAAUACACCGAUAACCUCCUAAAUCUUGAUCCCAAUGAUGUAGUGUUUUAUGUUGGAGGAUUUCCCAACGAGUUUAAGCCUCCACCGUCCCUUAAAUUACCAAAAUACAAGGGCUGCAUUGAAUUAGAUGCCUUAAAUGAUGAAGUCAUCAGCCUGUAUAACUUCAAGAAAGUUUACAACGUGAAUGUGGAAUCACCCUGCAAAAGAUACAAAGAAGGAUCUGACCAGUAUUUCUUUGAAGGCACUGGUUUCGCACGUAUAGACCUAAAAAGCAGCAAGUGUUUUGGCCGAUAUGAGUUUACCAUUCAAACUAACUCAGAUAAUGCAUUACUGUUCUACAUUGAAAAUGAGAAGAGCCACUUCAUUAUAACCUUAGAGCAAGGUAAAGUUGUAUGGCGUGGCAAGGUUGAAAACAUGCCAGAGAAAGAAACAAGAACAUCACAGAAGAUCUUUAAUGGAAACGACAGCGUGACGGUGGUUAUAUAUUUAAUGCAUAUACGAUUCAUUAUAUCUAUGGGUAGCAAUAAUAUAACAGAAUUGAUUGAUAUAGAAGACCCCUUCAGUGAAUAUUACAUUGGCGGAGUAACAACAUCGAUAAGAAAGAGUAAAAAUAUAAACAUCCCACCGCUAAGAGGCUGUGUUAAAAACAUGAAACAUCCUAGCGGUAAUGCAGAGCUCAGAGACACAGUUGGCAUUAGUAGAGGAUGCUCAAGUGACUCAUUGCUUGCUCGUUUUGCAAGUAUCGGACUCGGGGGGUAUCUGGACGUUGCCCCAAAUGGUUUUGAACUAACCAACAACGUUGUGGUAGGACUGGGUUUCAGAACAACACAGACUAAUGUUCCUCUUCUGCAGAACAGCCAGGCGGGCAGCAAACUAGAUCUGAGACUGAAUGAAAAUGGCUUUGUCACAUUUAACAUAGACGGUAAACUAUUGAAGACCGAUAAGAACUAUGGGGAUGGUAAAUGGCACUAUUUGGUUGCUACGAAAAAUUCAGAGGGGACCAAACUCAUAGUUGAUGAAAUGGAAGAAGGGAAAGUUGGACCCCGUACAGCAUCAGAUGUCCAAAACAAUGAACUCGGCAUAUAUCUUGGAAAAGACCAAUUUGAUGGUUGUAUCACUGAUGUUUAUUUGAAAAGGUCAACAGCUCCUUAUGAUGUUGAGGACUUAAGGACAUACUCGAAAACAGGGGCUGUAUCGCUGGGUGUCUGCAACACUGACGAGCCACCUCAAUCAAUAAUGCUCAAGAAAAACUGAAAAUGCACAUAUUUAAACAGGGAUAAACCAGACAAGAGGUGAAGAAAAGGAUUUGGAUAUUCGGAACCUUCCCCCAAGGUUUUGUACAAGUGAACAAUAACGGAGACGGGGUUUUGACUUAGUUUGUAAAAAUUAAGCCUCCCACGUCCACAUUACUUUCCUAAGGGAAAAAAAAAAUCAUACGAAAUGAUUCAUUGGGUAAAAAUGUGUACAUAUGUGCUUUAAUGUGCACUUCAUUUAAUUUGCAAUAAGAGACCUCAUUUUUUUUAUAUGAAAUAGAGAAAUACUUUUCACGGAUGUAGGUUGUGGUGGUCUAAUUUGCAUGAACAACUUUGUAUCCAUUGUACAAAAUACAAAUAAUACAUAAAUUAAAUAUAUCUGAAUGUUG